AUGUUUUCUCCGUUUGAUCCCCAAACGCUUCCGUACCACAAUCCGAAAACGGGCCGGCGGACUGCUCUCAUCACUGCUGGAAACAGCGGCGUGGGCUGGUAUACGGUGCUCCACCUCUAUCUUCACGGCUACGUGGUUUACCUCGCCGGGCGCCUGCGACUGCGGUGUAGUGCGCUGAUAUCCGCCCUAGAAAAACGCGCCGCCCGAAUCCGCGCCACGUACUCGCCCGAAGUGACCAAAAUGCGCCCGGUUGGAGAACUCCAUUUUUUGGAACUUGACUUGGCCCUGCUCUCGUCUGUACUUGCGGCAGUGCGGGCACUUGGAAACUUGGAAAAACACUUGAAUCUUCUUGUCAACAAUGCAGGCGUUCUUGCUCCGCCGACAGAAACCGUGGAUGGAUUUGACCUCCAGCUCCAAACGUUAUAUGUGGCGCCAUUUUUGUUGACCACAAGGCUUCUUCCCUUGCUCGAACGCGGAGGUCGAACCGCGCCCGAAUCGCCUUCGCGAGUCAUUUAUGUUUCGUCCGUGGCGCACCAAAUGCUUCUUGUGCCCUGCAGUCCCGGGCGAAGACUUUGGUGGCGGCCCAAUUUCUUCUUCUCGUGGGUGCGCUACGCCGUGGCGAAAACUGCAGGAAUCCAUUUUGUCCAGAUGCUUGCGCUCCGCAACCCUAGGCUUGUAUGUCUAUCGGUCGACCCUGGCCUAGUGAUGAACACAAACUACUUCAGCUACUGGACACGGCUCCCGAUCAUCGGAAUCAUGUUUUGGUGCUUGUUUCAGAUCAUUGGUUUCCUCUUUGGCGUUUCUGCGGAACAGGCCGCGCACACUCUUUUGUACAGCAGCUUGGACCCAACUAUAGGGCAGCGCGAAAGCGGCGCCCACUUUUCGGGGCGACGUAAGGCGCGGCCUUCGCGUGUGGCCCGAAAUAUGGAUCUUGCCGCGCGAUCGUGGAUAUGGACCACGCAUCAGUUGGCCAAGCGGAACAUCGAGGUUGACUAA